AUGGACAGACUCGACGCUCUGGCGCCAGGAGAUGGCCGUGAUGCAGGAGGCGUGGCUCAGCCGGCGGCAGCAGCAGCGCUUCUCGCAGAUGGGCGCCGGCCAGCACACCUGCGCGCGCUGCGGCCGCUCCUACAAGUUCCUGCCGUCGCUCCGCAACCACCAGAAGCUCGAGUGCGGCAUGGAGCCGCAGUUCGCCUGCCCCUACUGCAUCUACCGGGCCAAGCGCAAGCACCACCUGGACAGCCACCUGCGCACCCAGCACCCCAACAACGCCUGAGAACGGCGGCGCCCGCGGCGGGCCGAGCUCGGCGCGCGGCUGGCCGCCACCGCGACGGCCUCGAUACUGGCCAGGGGUCGCUGCCGACGACGACUACCCGGCGGCGUGGCCGGGCGGGGCGCCCGAAGGGUACGCUGCCGGCGCGGCGGGGGCUGGCCCCAGGGCGGCGGGAGGGAGCUUCGUGUGCGCGCGCUGCGGCCGCGCCUACAAGCACCUGCCCUCGCUCCGCAACCACGUCAACAUGGAGUGCGGUAUCGAGCGCAAGUUCGCCUGCUCCUUCUGCGACUACCGCGCCCGCCACAAGCACCACCUCUACGGCCACCUCAAGUCCAAGCACGGCGCGCUGCUACAACACCAACGCCCUUAAGACUGUUGGUCUCCACCAGUCUCUAUUUAGUCUAAGAUUUUAUUUAUUUUAUUUUGAGUACGAGUCCUUGCUGAGUGGCAUUGUGAGCGUUAAAAAUAAAUGUCGUCCGACUGA